AUGGGACGUGCUAAGGAUAUAGGACAGUGCGGUAGUGUGUCUUCGUGUGUGAACAUGAAGUUAUUUGAUGUGACAACUUUUGCCACCACAGUUCGACAAGUCAUAGAUGUUCUUUUAAGGAAGUUCAAAAUCACAGAUAACCCCAGGAAGUUUGCCCUUUAUGAGCAGAGUUACAAUGAUGAGAAUAAGGAAAACCCUGUGAAACUAAGAAAACUUACAGACAACGAGCACCCCCUGAUGGUGUGUCUCGACUGGCCAUCUGCUCGCAUGGAGCAUCGCAAGUUUGUGCUUCAAGAGAACGACAUGCAGGAGAUACUUUGGGAAGAAUUCAGCCUACCAGAACUUCAGAAUUUUCUCAAAAUUCUCGACAAGGAGGAACAGGAAUAUAUCCAAGACAUUAAGUACAAAUUUAAAGUACGGAAAAUUCACAUGCAAGAGCUUUUAACAGAAAAGAACCCCAACCAGGAAAAGGGAGAAAAGAAAGGAUCUAAAAACAAAGCUGAAUAGAGGAGAAACUGUCCAUCUUUUAUUAUUGUGGCAUUGUUAUGUACUGUUAUAUAUAUAUUUCAUCGAAAAAAUUGCUCGAAAUCUAUUAUAAAAUGUUGAAAUUUGAUCAUGCUCCCAUAAAACAUGUUUGGACAGCUGACAGCAAUUGUUAUAUGAUACGCAGGUCUAGAGCAAAGUUCAGGGACAUGAUUUCUUGUUGACUUCUGUAAAGGAAUGACAAACGCAGCAGGUGGCUCUUAUUAAGUCAAAUUAUACAGCAUUUCUCAUGCAAAUGUACUGUGGAUUUCACUGAAAAAGACAAUUCCCUUCUUUUGUCAGUGAAUCUUGCAGUUGUUGGGAAAUUUUUUAAAUAGAAACAGGAUGAUCAAGGGUGGAAGUUUUCCUCCUUUUGGAGAAUUUCCUUCUUUCCUUUGACAUGAAAAACUGGUUUCAGGAAGCAGUUGGACUUUGUAUGAAAUGUUCAGAAGCAGUGCAUUUGAAAGAGAGAGAGAAAGUGAGAAUAUUUUUCCUCAGCAAACUUAGUGUAAUAAUGCUAGAGCAAUCAACCCAUGACAAGAAAGGAUAGAUAUAUGGAAGUGUAACUUCCUCCCAUGUGAGACAUGUAAGGGGAAAUUGCAUGGCAUAAUAGUAGAGGAUAGUUUGAAUACAGACCACCAGAGGGAUGAGUGUAGUGCAGAGUUAAACUUUAUUUUUCUAUGGAGAGGGGUUCUAAGCAUCUGAAGGUUUCUUUGUCAAACUGAACUUUUCCAUGACAGAGGAAGAAAGUUAUUGGGGAUAAUGUACAGAUAUAUGUACUGUGGCUGGAAAUAAACAAGACAGUGAGGGGAUCGAAAAAAAAAAAGAAAAGGAGAGAACAUGUGUGCACAAUGGGACGUGCUAAGGAUAUAGGACAGUGCAGUAGCGUGUCAUCGUGUGUGAACAUGAAGUUAUUUGAUGUGACAACUUUGUAGGAACCGGGUAUUCUGCGUAAAUAUUCACAGAAAAUUGCAGUGACAUCUGCUUAGCGUGGAACUUCCCCAAAAUCACAAUGAAAGUUGUAAAUGACAAGAACCAAAUAAGACAAAAGAGCUAAACUAGUUGAUUUAUUGUUGUACCUGCAUAACUUUAAUUCACACAAUCAUUGUACAAGUAAAGUUUUAUGAAGUGGUAUUAUAUGUCAUUAUUAAGCAUUUCACUGCCAGUCUGCAGUAUAUACUAGUAUAUAUAUAACAACAGGGUGUUCCCAAAGUAAAGCACAAGCCCCUACACUGUAUCUUGUUUUAAUUCUGUAUGUUUGCCUGUGUUCCAACACAAACAUUGAUUCAGAGAGGUGUCCUUAAGACAACCAGGGGAUAGAGCUAUCAGCUUGUGAGAGUUAUGAAUGCUGGAUUAACCCUUGUCACAGGGGUAAAGAAUAAGUCUUCUUUUGUAGCUUUGUGGCACCACUGUAUUAUACAAGAUACUGUGACAAUAUAAUAUAUGUGGCAGUGUAUUAUACUUGUAUAAGGUACAACUGAGGGGAAUUUUACAAAGAUUUUUAAGUCUUGGGAGUAUUAAUAGCACAAAACCCUGGUUCCCAUUUUGUAAAGUACAGAAAAAUUUAAUGUGAUAAGUUCAGAAAGGAGGUUGAAAAGGUAGGUAAAAGUAUAUGCAAAGUUUGUUCUGUCUGCAUGAGAGUUUGGGACUAUGGCUAAUUUCAGUCUAUUUUUUUCACAAGAUGCUCCAAUUCCCAUUAAAAUUCCCUACUCGUUGUACCAGAACUGUUGGCAUAUUUCAUACAAAAAGUGGAAAUCCAGUUAAUGAUUUCUGGAAAAAAGGCCUGUAAAUUUCCAUGCAUAACAGUAAAGUGGGAAUACCUAAGCAUUAUGAAUGGAAUGCAUUUGGUAUUUUUAACCUACAUUUUGGAAUAACCCUUGUGAAGGCUUCACAACUACAGCAUUGUGAAGGUCACAUAAUGUGAAUAUCCAUGCCACACCUACUGCAAUUGUAUGUACUCAUGUUGCAUAUGUAGCCUAAAGUCUACACAAUACACACUUAAUGUUGUACCAUCAAAAAUAACAGGCAACCGGCACAGUCCACCUUGCCCCCCUUUUCUCCUUAUAUGCUGUCAAGUAAUUAACCAGUUCAAUGUUAUGAGUCCAUAUAUAUGUAGCAUUACUCUCUGUCAGACUAGCCGGAUGCUAUUACUUUUGGGGAAAAGUUCUCACUGGAUUACAAGAUCAGACAUGUGCAUAGCUAGUGAAUAAGCCAGAUAAAUAUUUGUGAAUAUCUUUCAAAAAUAGCUAGAAAUUUAGAUGCCAAAGAUGAAGUUCAUUUAAAUAUUAUGAAGUAUACAUAUGAUCACAUAUUGAACGUACUCAUAUUUUGAGUCUUAAGAAUGAAACACUUUGAUGCCCAGACACUUGGAUCUGAGGUGUCAAUUAGAAAAUAAUGAUGGGAGAUACAGAGACAAGUUUUUCCCUUAUUUUUUGGUGCUGUAAACAUGCCAAGCAUAGAUCAUCUUUUUUAUGUAGGAAAAAAAGUUAAUUUAUUUCAUUUUUUGCUGCCAAAAGUGCAGUUAAAGAUGCGUAUUCUUCAAGCAGCCUGAUCUGUGUCAGUUUGAUUUCAUUUUGAAAUGAAAAAUUUUAUUUUUAUUUUAGUUCUGUUUUUAUUCCUGUUGUAGUAGUCAUUAUAUUAAAUGGAUAUCUCUGUGAAGGGUGGUAUUUCUUAAAAGGAGUAUUUCAAGUUAAGGACAUGUAUAGUUGUGUGAGACUAGCUCUUUCUGUAUAUUAGUACAGGAAAAAAA